GUUCAUUUUUGUGACUGAACGGAGCUGAGACGCCAUUUCAGGGUGAAGGUUAUGAACUAAAAACCUGAAAUAAAAGGACUUAAAUCUGUGAUUCAGAGGGACAUUUAACUGGUGAGUCUACCGAUUGAAGAAUACUUCGAAGAUUUGAAGAAAUGGAUGAAAAAACUCUUUUUAAAGAUUUCCUGAGCUGCCACGUUUGUUUAGAGACUUUCAAAGAUCCGGUGUCUCUGAGCUGCAACCACAACUUCUGUUCAAGCUGCCUGAAAAAGUUCUGGGAAGAAGCUAAAAACAGAAACUGUCCCAUCUGUAAAAGAAAAUCUUCUAAAGAUUAUGUUGUGAACUUUUCACUGAAGGGACUUGCCGACUCUUUUGCUGGAAGACAGACAGGUGGAUCGUCUGAGACUGGAAAAGAAGAAAAGAGGCUGGAGGAGGUUUGUAGGAAACACCCAGGAAUACCUCCACUGUUCUGUAGAGACGAACAGAGAGCUGUGUGUCCUUUCUGUGAGUUUUCUCUGCACCAGAACCACAAAGUGGUUCCUGUAGAAGAAGCAGUCGGUGAGCUGAAGGAGCUGCUGAAAUCUGACUUAAAGUAUCUGCAGGACAAGAGGAACAAAUACAAACAAGUGGAGGAAACAUAUAAAGAUGUGGUUCAACACUCGGAGAAGCAGCUGCUGUCCACAGAGAAGCAGAUCAGAGCAGAGUUCAACAAACUCCAGCAGUUCCUGAAGGAGGAAGAGGAGUCCAGACUGGCAGCUCUGAGGGAGGAAGAGGAGCAGAAGGGGAGGAGAAUCAGCAGAGAGAGGAAGAGGAUCCAGGAGCAGAUCUCCUCUCUGUCAGACAGCAUCUCUGUUGUUGAAGAAGAGCUGCAGAAAGACAACAUGACGUUCCUCAGCAGGUUUAAACCCACUCGGGACAGAGCCAGAGAGCAGAGCUCAGUGUCAGAUCCACGGCUGCUCUCAGGAACUCUGGUAGACGAGGCCAAACACCUGGGAAACCUGGCCUUCAGAGUCUGGGAGAAGAUGGGGGACCAGGUCCACUUCAGCCCGGUAGUUCUGGACCCAAACACUGCAGGACGCUGUCUCUAUCUGUCUGCUGAUCUGACCAGUGUGAGUUAUGGAGAUACAGAACAGCAGCUUCCUGAUAAUCCAGAGAGAAACAUCCUCUACGCUGAUGUGUUUGGUUCUGAGGGUUUGACCUCAGGGAAACACAGCUGGGAGGUGGAGGUGGGAGAUCAUCCUGACUGGAUGGUGGGUUUGGUGAAAGAGUCAUAUGACAGGAAGGGAAAAAUAUGUCCUUCACCUGAAUAUGGAAUCUGGUGUUUAUGGCAUGAUGAUGGAGAAUACAGCAAUGGUGCUGGUGAGACCGUCACGGUGGAGACGAGUCUCCGGAGGAUCAGACUCCAGCUGGACUAUGACGGGGGGACGGUUUCCUUCUACAACGCUGAGGACAUGACACACAUCUACACUCACAGAGACACUUUCACUGAGAAACUCUUCCCUUAUUUCUGCAUUGGGAAGUCUGGUGAUGCAAAAACUUCUGAGAUCAGAAUCUGUCAGACAAAGAAUAGAUUAACCUGAGAUAAAGAAAAUAUAUUCAUGUGUCUUUAAUGUUUUGAUGGAAUAACUUUUCCAAGAUCAGGAUUAUUUUAAAGGGGACCUAUUCUGAAAAACAUUUUUUUUCUUGCUUUAACAUAUAUAAAGUCUACCUCUAGUUAGUGUAAACUCUAGUGUGUUAGAGUCAGUAGUCAUAGUUGCAGCUAUAGAACAAGACUAUAAUAGUUAGUCUCAAAUAUAGUUUGGUGGUAGAUAUGCUGCUAUAGGCCUAUGCUGCAGGGGGGACCGACAUGAUCCGCUGGGCGGGGCCUCUCACCCUUCUUCUCCUCUCCUCUUCCCUUCCUCUCUUCUCCAUUUCCAUUUUUAUGUAUUAUAAAUAUCUCAUAGCUAUCAUUUUUGUCCAUCGCUCCUGUAGUUUCUUGUGCUGGCCCCCCUUUUUUCUCUUUUGUGCAUGUUUGCAGGCCGGAGCCUCGGGAGCUGCGUGCUGGCCUGCGGUCCUGCCUGCACACACCCCCACCUGCCUGCCCCUCUGGUCAUCCCGCUGCUGCUUCCACCUGCUGGCCCCUCCCCUCUGGUCAUCCCACUGCUGCUUCCACCUGCCUGCUGUGUGCUGCUGACGUCCCCGAUCCCCACAGUCUGGCCUUCGGCAGGAGGGUCCCCCCUUAUCAUCCAGGUCCUGGUCGAGGUUUCUUCCCUCCUAAAGGGGAGUUUUUCUUGCCACUGUUUAUGUAAUAAUUGCUCGGGGGUUCAUGUUCUGGGUCUCUGGAAAGCGUCUAAAGACAACAUCUGUUGUAUUAGACGCUAUACAAAUAAAAAUUGAAUUGAAUUGAAAUGAAUUAAAGUGGUCUCCCCUCAGCCUGCCAACUCAGAGAAGGAGGAAAGCCGCCCGGAUGGCCCGUCCAAUGUCAUGUGACUUCUAGGAGCCAUUCAGAUUCUGCUCCUGUCGUUACGUAACCAAAAUGCAAACCACGGCCACAACUAUAAAACCGUGUUUUUAUUUUAUUGCCACUUUAUUGAGGUUUUUGUAGUGAAAUGAGGAGGAAUCAUAGAGAUAACUUUUCAUUUCAACUAACUGGAUCAGCCGUUCCUCAUCCGUGACUGUUUCCUACAGCGCUUUCAACCGGCUUUCAACACGAGCAGCAGGAAGAAAAUAGAAGCAGGGCGUCCGACAUGUUCAGCUCAAAACUGCGCACCGCGUCGCUGCGGCCAGUUAGGACAGUCCAAUAGAAAAUAAAGCAAUGGAAUUGAUUUUGUCGCUUGCUCGCAUCGCAUGCAUGACACGGUGUAAAUGCUGAUUUAUGGUUCUGCGUUACACCAACGCAGAGCCUACGGCAUAGGGUCUGCGUCGACUUAACGCAGAACCGUAAUUCAGGCUUAACUCCGCCGGCUGAAGCUUCCACCAUUUUUUCGUAGUGGUGUAUCGCGUCAUUCAGGCAGCCAAUCAGCACAGUGCCUCAUUAUCAUAGCCCCGCCCACUCAGAAUCCCACAUAGAUAAUGAGGUUAGAGACUGGGAAGAUAAAGACAUGGAUCAGAGGCUGAAUUUCUAAUUUAUUUAGCAAAAACAAACAAAAGCUUGUUUUUAAGACAUUCAAGGCCUGUUCAAAAUAGACAUUAAAUGCCAUAAUAGGUCCCCUAUAAGUAAAAAGUUCACAUGUGCAAACAAAUCGAACGAAAACGAAUCUCAAAACUUACGAAAAUACGACACAUUUAGAUAUUAUUGUAAAACAUUCAGCGUAUUUGUUCAGCGUUGAAUAAGAUACCAAAAUAUAAAAGUUUAUAAAGUUGUGAUUCAUUUUAUCCAAGUUUGUAUUCAUGUUAUAAAUGUGCCAGAAUCACUGGGAUGAGAUCUUAUGUUUUAGUUUCAAACUUUACUGUUUAAAUAAAUGUUGUAACUAGUUAAAAAUAUGACAAAAAUCCACCAUGUUCCUACUGUAAAUCUGAGAGCUAUUUUUAAUCAACCUGCUGAUUUUAUAACAUUUGAAGAGUAAAAGUCAAAUAAAAAACGGUAUUAAAGAACAUAUUUCUGUGUAAAUGUAAGUGUUCAAAAGUCAGAGUUUAUAAGUCGCUCCUCAAGUUUCAGUCCAAAGAUCAGAGUUUUUAAACAAACUGCAACUAAAAGAUACUAAAACAUGAAAAACUGUUUAAACGUCUAAAAACACAGCUGGUUCUCAUGUGAGCAAAUGUUUCAUAAUUGGUGCUUCAUAUCUUUUUAAACCGUUAAAUGUAUCAUGUAUGUUUAUUUGUAUCAUUCUUAACUGUGGUUCAUAAAACCUUCAUAUGUGAAACAUUGAUUUUGUUCAAGUUUCUUUCAAUCAAACAUCUGUAUUAACCUGGUAAACAAA